GUUCCGCGUGUGAUACUAUGUCAUGAUGCAUCCCGAACUCUAGUGAUAUCUGUGACAUACAAAAAAAAAAAAAAAAAAAAGAACUACCCUCUAACACCCCUGGGAUUACACUCUACGGAUCAGGGUCCCGGUGGUGGGUCAUCGGGAUCCUUGGCUUCUGUUCGUUCGGCGCUCAAAAUGAGCCUAAAGAGGAUUCUACCGAUGUGGUACUUCCUCGUGCUCGUGAAGUGCUCCCAAGUUCACAGAAACAACAGCGACGAAGACGGUUCAAAACUAAUUCGAAUCGUCGGCGACGUCAUUUUUGGCGGAAUUUUUCCCAUGCAUGAGCAUCGAGCACCAACAUUGAGUGCUGAGUCACCAUGCGGUGCUGUAAAAGAGGAAAAGGGUGUUCAGAGAUUAGAGGCUAUGUUGUAUGCGUUGGAUCUAAUUAACAGUGACAACGAACUUCUCCCAAAUACUACCCUGGGUGCCUUGAUCCUGGAUUCUUGCAGUAGUGACACCUAUGCUCUUGACCAAAGCAUGGAGUUCGUCAGAUCAUACAUGAACCAAGACAUAUCGGAGUACAAAUGUGAGAGUGGAAAAUCUCCCCUUUAUGUUCCACACAAGCCAGUGACUGGAGUAAUUGGCGCUUCAUUCAGUGGAGUUUCCAUUAUGGUGGCCAAUAUCCUCAGGCUAUUUAAGAUACCACAAGUCAGCUAUGCGUCGACGAGUACCGAACUCUCCGAUAAAAACCGUUUCGAGUAUUUCAGCAGGGUUGUUCCUCCCGACAAUUUUCAAGCUCAAGCGAUGGUUGAGGUUGUGCACGAACUCGGAUGGAAAUAUGUCUCCACCGUCGCUGUAGAGGGUGAUUAUGGGGAGAAGGGUAUUGCCAGUUUUAUCGCCUUAGCAGCCGAAUAUCAAAUUUGUGUGGCGGUCAGUGAGAAAAUCCUGAGAAACGCAAAGCCUGAGAAUUUCGAGAAGAUUGUGGAUAGCCUUGGAUCAAAACCGAAUGCUCGAGCAGUCGUCCUUUUCGUCGACGAAGAUAAUAUCAGAAAAUUGCUACAUGCAACAAUAAAGGCAAAUAGAACAGGUCACUUCAUGUGGAUCGGCAGUGAUUCCUGGGGAGCAAAAGUGCAUCCAGUGAAGGAGCAGGAAUUUGCAGCAGAGGGUGCCAUUACAAUCCUGCCUUUUAAAAAUUCUCUUGAAGGUAGGAAAUUCUUCUUUCAACUCAGGUUUUCAUUUUCAAAAAUUUAUGGCUAAAGAAAUUUAUUGCCGUAGGAGAGAAGGGAAUUGAGAACAGAGAAGUGAAAAGCUG